UCCCGGUUGAUAUGACAAGGACUGGGGCUUUCAGAUGAUAGUUUGACCAUGCGCACGAUCCGUUCGACGAAAUGUCCAUGGGCAUUCCUGGGCGUGGCUGGCGCUCUGGUGAUGCUCGUCACUGCGGUCCAUGUAUUCAUGGUGCCAAUCCUCCCUUCCUCAUUGGAUUACUUUGGUGCUGGACAUGGUGUUCGCCGGCCAAGGAAUGUGUUGCCAGGCGCUGGAGUGGUUGACUCACGUCUCAGGGGGCAGUUCCCUUCUGAUUCGUAUGGUGCGGUGACAUACCGUGGCGCGCCAUGGAAAGCUGAGAUUGGCAGAUGGCUUUCUGGGUGUGGUGCCGGCUUAUCGGUUGUUAAUAUUACUGAAUUUAUAGGCGCAAAGCGGUGUGAUCAAGACUGCAAUGGACAAGGUGUCUGCAACUAUGAGCUGGGAGAAUGCAGAUGCUUUCAUGGAUAUGCUGGAAAACGAUGUGAGGAGCUUCAGAAGUUGGAAUGCAACCUCCCAAGUUCCCAAGAAUGGCCUGUCGGACGGUGGAUAGUUUCCAUAUGUCCAGCCCAGUGUGACACAACAAGGGCAAUGUGCUUUUGUGGAUCAGGAACAAAAUACCCAGAUCGCCCUGUUGCUGAAGCUUGUGGCUUUAAAACAAUUUUACCUGCAAAACCGGAUGGCCCGAAGCUUACUGACUGGAAAACACCUGAUCCGGAUAUAUUCACAACAAACAAGAGUAAGCUAGGAUGGUGCAAUGUGGAUCCUGAGGAUGCUUAUUCUUCCAAGGUGAAGUUUAAAGACGAAUGCGAUUGCAAAUAUGACGGACUCUGGGGGCAAUUUUGUGAGACACGUGUUGAAUGCAGCUGUAUUAACCAGUGCUCAGGGCAUGGACAUUGCCGUGGUGGUUUCUGUCAGUGUGACAGUGGAUAUUUCGGGAUUGAUUGCAGCAUCCCAUCAACAUAUUCACUUGCAUAUGGCUUACCCUCAUGGCUCCAACUACCAAUGAGUUUACCAGACUUGAAAAACGUAGGCUCUAGCUCCAUUGAUGCUAAAGUUGUUGCCAAGAAAAAAAGACCACUUAUUUAUGUCUAUGAUUUGCCAGCUGAAUUUGACAGUCAUCUUCUUGAAGGAAGGCAUUUCAAGUUUCAGUGUGUGAACAGGAUAUAUGAUGACAAGAACAGAACCAUAUGGACCAAGCAACUGUAUGGUGCUCAGAUAGCACUCUAUGAGAGCAUCCUUGCUAGCCCCCACCGCACAUUGAAUGCUGAUGAAGCUGAUUAUUUCUAUGUGCCAGUUCUUGACUCGUGUCUAAUAACUAGAUCUGAUGAUGCCCCGCAUCUGCAGAUGCCGAGGGACCUGCGCCUCAGGAGCUACCAUACUCUGGAGUACUACAGAAUGGCUUAUGAUCACAUAGCUCAGCACUAUCCUUACUGGAACCGCACUUCUGGAAGAGAUCAUAUCUGGUUUUUCUCGUGGGAUGAAGGUGCCUGCUAUGCUCCUAAAGAAAUCUGGAACAGCAUGAUGCUCGUCCACUGGGGAAACACUAACGCAAAACAUAAGAAUUCAACAACUGCUUAUUGGGCAGACAACUGGAACUAUAUUCCUGUUGAUAGAAGAGGCAACCAUCCCUGUUUUGAUCCAAGAAAGGAUCUUGUGCUUCCAGCAUGGAAGGAACCUAACCCAGCAGCUAUCUGGUUAAAACUAUGGGCAAGGCCAAGGAAAAACCGUACAACACUAUUCUAUUUCAAUGGUAAUCUGGGACCAGCCUAUAAGGAUGGCCGCCCUGAAGACACCUAUAGCAUGGGUAUUCGGCAAAAGCUGGCAGCUGAAUUUGGUUCCACACCAGAUAAGCAGGGGAAGCUUGGAAGGCAGCACACCGCCAAUGUUACAGUUACCUAUCUGCGAUCUGAUAAGUAUUAUGAGGAACUAGCAAGUUCUAUUUUCUGUGGUGUCUUGCCUGGGGAUGGCUGGAGUGGGCGCAUGGAGGAUGGCAUGCUUCAAGGAUGCAUUCCUGUAGUAAUUCAGGAUGGAAUUUUUCUUCCCUACGAGAAUGUGCUUAAUUACAACAGCUUUGCAGUCCGUAUACAAGAAGAUGACAUCCCAAACCUCAUUAGAAUACUUCGAGGGAUAAACGAAACACAAAUAGAGUUCAUGUUGAGAAAUGUGCGCCAGAUGUGGCAGAGGUUCUUUUACCGCGACUCAAUAUUGCUGGAGGCUCAGAGGCAGAAAAGACUGUUCUCUGAAGAGGCACCGUGGUCUGUUGAGGUCUCAAAACUAGACGACGUUGAUGAUGUCUUUGCUACUUUCAUACAGGUAUUGCAUUACAAAUUAUAUAAUGACCCUUGGCGGCAAGGUGUCUUACAAAGAAAGGAAACCGGGUUGCCAGACAUCUGCUCGAAAGGUUCCUGAAACAUCCAGCAGACACUGCAAUUGUAAAGAUAUGCAUAUAUGUAGUCCUAGAGUCCUAGAAAGUGACCAACAGGUUCUGUUAAAUUCUGGAAGAUACAAACAUUACCUCUGGUAGUUCAUUUUUAUCAUACUUUUGUCAGAUUGACCCAGGCCAUUUUCUGAAAGGAUAAUAGCAGUACUGGCUUGCUUUGUUGAUUCGAAAUUGAUGUAUAGGGCACAUUCUGUUUUCGUUUUAAGUUGCUAAUCCAAUAUACAGUUUUUCGUCUUUACCGAGGAAAACCAACAGCUGCAAAAUGCUUUGUAUUCUGCAUUGGUUGAUUCAAUAGUGUACUGAAAAAAGGAUAA